CAACCUUCCCGUUGAAAACCCGAUAAGCCUUACUCUUCCCAUUUCAGCAGAGAACCAUGCACCUUUACUGGGUACUUUUGGCGUGCGCCCUGGCCACUGGAGUCGCAGCUGGCGGCUACGGCCACGCGUCCGUCUCUUAUGUCUCCAAACCAGUGGUGAGCGUUGGCUACGUAUCCAAGCCAGUUGUGACCUACGUCAAGCAGCCGGUGGCCACGGUGUCCCACAUAGUCAAGCCCGUGCUCACGGUCAGCCACGGUUAUGGAGGUGGCUAUGGAGGUGGAUACGGAGGCGGCUAUGGCGGAGGUUACGGUGGCGGAUACGGUGGCGGAUAUGGUGGCGGAUACGGUGGCGGUUACGGCUGGUAGACACUGGCCAGGCUGAGAUCAGAAAGGGUGCCAUUACGUUUUCACCCGACGCCCCGACGCCGGCGAGGACCUUCACUAAUUUCAUGAUUGUUGUUUUCUCUUGUGCGAAUGAAUAAAC